AUGAAAAUUACAUUAUUAGUGAUAUUUUUUGCUCAUUUAAAAUCUAGUAAAAAUAUUUAUGACAAUCUAUUAGACAUUGUUAAGCAGAAAAUUAAAACUAAAGAAUAUUAUUUAAUUGAUUUAGAAAAAAGAUAUCAUGUCUUCGAAGUCAGGAUUUAUGAUAACAAGAUUAAUUUUUUAGAAUAUAUAAAGGAAGCAUAUGGAUCGAAGUUUAGUUACGCAAUAACACGCAAAGUUAAGUAUAAUACUCCAGAUGAAGCAAUUAAAGCGAUUUGUGAUUAUCAUCUUUCAAGCAAUUUAAAUAUAUCAAAGAAAAUUACACUUAUUUCUAAAUUUAAUUUUUGUACUUCUAGGCAUGAAAUUAAGUUUAAUCUUGAGAAUUUUUUUUAUAAUGGGGUUGAACCCGACUUUUUUGCUAGAUUAUAUGAUAAUAACAAACAAAAACAAAUAAGAGAGCUUUGUUUAAGUUUUAUCAGAAACAAAACAGUAGAUCUUAAUUUAUGCUUUUUUGUUGGAAAAUAUUCGAUUAACGACACUAUCCAAUGCUUUGAAGAAGAAAACAAGAUACAAAUUUCUUUUCCUGUAAAAUUAAGAAAUUUAAUGCUUUUUUUUAAAAUUGACGUCAAAGAUUUGUACACUGUAGAAGAACAAUAUACAAGUGAAUUAAUAAAGUUACAUAAAAAUAACAGUAACAAUAAUAUUUGUACAGAGAUAUGCACUUUAAUUACUAAAAUUUUUACAUUUUCUGAUUUUGUGUCACACUUUAAAUUAUUAAAUGAGGUAAACGAUGAUGCUGAGAAAAAAAAACUUAGAGAAAUGUUAUCACGUAAUAUUGAGAAGAAACUUUUUACCGUUAUGUUUUUAGAAAAAGAUAUAUUUUUUAAAAAUUCAGGUACAUUGUUUUGUUAUUCUUAUGAUAAUCCCUUAGAGAUUAAGGGAAAUUGUCAGCACAUUUCAAAAGAAGCAUAUCAAGAUUGCAUUGAAAUUUUAAAAUUAUCUACGGAAGCUAAGGCCUUUGAUUUUGUACAAUACAAAAUUAUUUUUCAUAAAUUUAAAAAUGAAAAUCUACUAAAUCAUCUACUAUAUAAAAUUUGUGAACGUCCGGGUUCUGGUUCUUAUAUUAUAUUAAUGCAAAUUUUAGGCCAUUAUAAGAUUUUAAACGAAAGUGAAGUUAUUUUUUUUACACGAAGUAUAAAUGAGAAUAAUAGAGAGCAAAUGAUUGCGUUUCUGCAAAAUUUUUUUACUAAAGAAAAACUUUCUAAGAUUCAUUUUAUGAUGACUGCGGUGAGUGAAAAAGUUAAUAAUUUGUUAUAUACUCUUAUUUAUAAAGAAGCUGAGGAAUAUUUUAGUAUUUAUAAAAAGAGUGAUAUUUUUAAUAUUGAAUUUUUUAAUGAUAUACGAAAGUUUUCUGAUUUAUAUUUAUGUCUGAAUAAUAAAACGUUAUAUGAUUUUUAUAGCAUCUUAAUUGGGAAUUCACGAUCUAUAAUUACAUUGGGUGCAAAAACAUUGUCACAAUUAUUUGAAAGUAUAGCAUUAUUAACCAAUUUAGACGUUAGAUACCGCAUAGGAGGAAAGCAUGUUUAUUUUUUUAAAGUAGAGGCUGAGAAAAUGUUUCAAAUCUUAAAUAUUGACAAUCCCGAGAAUUUAGAAAAUUACGUUGAAAGUUUAAUUAAAUGA